AUGGGUACCCAAGAGAUGAUGAAGCUGUACUACGGCUGGAUCUUUCCAUACCGUGACUUCUACAAGUGGCUGGCAUACGGAAAUGACAGCAAGCUUCCACAGGCUGAUGCGGGCUUCAUGCAGCGGCGCGAGUUCUGCUUUACUCUGGAUGGCGAUAUUUUUGACCUGGACGGGCUGCAGGCAGCCAUCAAGGAGCGGUGCCCUUCAAAGCUUGACAUUGGGCCCGUGUACAACAUCAAUCCCGCACGCCGCGCUGCGUAUGCAGGUUCUGGCCAGACCUUCACGCCAGUGGAGAGGGAGCUGGUCUUUGACAUUGACCUCACAGACUACGAUGACGUGCGGACCUGUGGCUCCGGCGGGCAUAUCUGCAACAAGUGCUGGCCGCUCAUGGCAGUUGCCAUCCAGAUCCUGGAUGCCGGUCUGCGGCGCGACUUUGGCUUCCAGCACAUCCUGUACGUCUAUUCGGGGAGGCGCGGCGUGCAUGCCUGGGUCUGCGACGACCGCGCGCGCUGCCUGAGCGACGAGCAGCGCACCGCCGUCGCCAACUACUUUGCGGUGUACCGCGGCCAGGAGGGCGGCCUCGCUCGCCUGGCCUUGGGACUGGAGGAGCACCCCGCCGUCACGCGUGCGGCCGCCAUUCUGGAGCCCGUGUUCGUCGAGAGGCUGCUGCCCGAGCAGGGGCUGCUGUCCGACGACAAGCGGCAGGAGGCGCUGCUGGCCUACAUCCCCUCGGAGCGCGUCCGGGAGCGCGCUCGCCAGCGCUGGGCCCAGGGGGAGGCCGGGGACGACGUGGCCCGCUGGCAUGCGCUGGAGGAGGAGGUGGCCAAGGAGCAGGCGACCCUCGCAAAGGCGCGCGACACGCGCGGGGCAAAGGCCCUGGACCGCGCCAUGCGCAGCGUUGUAUUUGCCCACGCCUACCCACGCCUGGACCUGGAGGUGUCCAAGAAGAUGAACCACCUGCUGAAGGCGCCGUUCUGCGUGCACCCCAAGACGGGCAAGGUGUGCGUGCCCAUCGACCCCGAGCGCGCACACAAGUUUGACCCCGAGACUGUCGUCACGGUCGGCCGGCUCCUGGACCAGCUGAACAAGGCCCGGGGCGGGGUGAAGGGGAGCGAUGCGGGCGAGGAGUGGCGCUCCACCGACCUCGUCCCCGCCAUCCAGACCUUCCGGGCUUGCUUCCUGGACGGCCUCCAGGGCGCAUGCCGCGAGUCGCUGGCCGCCCGUGCCAGGGAGAGCGCCGCUCAGCCCACCUUGGUGUGGUGA